UUUUGCCAUUAAUUAUCAUUAAUUAUCACCGAUUGAGUGGAUCCGUGGCGAUGAGCGAUAAGAGCAGAGUUGGCGUCAAAGAGCAGCCGUUGACGGGCCGGCAGAUGAGGAGCUAUUUGUCGGCGAGAGUGGUGUCAAUGGUCCGCAACAACGACACCACCGGUCAGUUCAGCGCUCAAGAGUUGGUGCACAUCGAGUCACUCCUGAGGGACGAGUUUCAGACCAAUCAAUGGCUUCUUAGUGUGUGUAAGGCUGCCACCGAAGACGCCGUGGUCGUCACUCCCGAGGAAUUGGAUCUAUAUAGCAAACACAAGAGCGAUGGCGAAGACGUUUGUGUCGCGCACUCAGAGGCGGAGGAACUGAAGAAAGAGUUGGAUUUCCUGAAGGAAAGGCUUCACGUCUUGAAGUAUAUCCACAAAGAUUUGUGGCAAAAGUUGACACAAAUUCAGUCACCGAUGCGGGCGUUGAGCGAUAGAAGCGAUUCCAACGAAACGUUCGCUAAAUUGCGGAUCAAAUUAACCGAAUGUCUGGAGAUUAUGAAACAGGACCUGAACUCUAACUUCAGCGUCGAGGAGCCCAAACAUAUCGCCGAUAAGAUCAUCAGCGAA